AUGAGCUCGACAGCCGCGACGGCGCUCCCGACGUCGAGCAACCCACUGUGCCCACCGACGCCGGCGUACGACGACCCGCUGGAGUGGUUCACUGCCUAUGCGGUCAUCCACAUGCUCUCGGACCCUUCGCGCAGGGUGACAUACAUCCUGUGGCUCCUCAUCGCCGCCAUCGUCCUCGUCUACGCCGCAGGCCACUACCUCCUCCCCCGCGGCGGCGGAUUCAUCGGCGCUUACUGGGCAAAGUUUGCGCUGCGACGGAGGACAUGGCGAAAGCAGCAUUCCCUCGCAGAGCACAGGCAGCCCAUCCCCCUACCGUCGAAUGCGCAGCUAGCCGCACUGGCGGCCAUCGUGGUGUCCACGAUCUGCUUCAUGCUCGUCGGCCCGGACUACAUCGCGCCCGAUGCGUCGCUCUGGUCCUGGCACCGCAAACGGGCAGAGGACUACACGCUCUCCACGUUCUACUACCUCCAGCCGCAGUACACGAUCGACAAGGCUUUCUGGACAACAGGCGGCCGCGCAGGCCUCAUCGCCUUCGCCCUCUUCCCGCUCACCGUCCUCUUUGCCCUCAAGGCGCCGCCCUUCGCGCUGUUCGCGAACCCGUGGACGAUCAACGUCCAUUUCGAUAAACUCGCUUGGUUGCACCGCUGGUCCGGCCGCCUGAUCUGGGCCGUUACGACCAUUCACGUCGUGCUCUGGAGCGUCCAGCUCGCUCUAGACACCCGCACCGGCACAAACACCGCAGCGUAUCACUACGCAUGGGGGUAUUCCAAGUUUAUCUACGCUUGGAUCGCAUACGCGCUUUUGACGGCGCUUGUCAUCCUGUCACUACGACCGUUCCGCGAACGCUUCUACGAGACGUUCUAUUUCCUGCAUGUCGCAUCCGUUCUCGGAACACUGGUCUUUUCUGCGCUGCAUCACCCGCCAGUUUGGUGGUGGUGCUGGGCAGCACUCUUGCUCUGGGCUGGAGAACGUCUAUGGCGAGGGACUCGCUGGCUUUACACGAACGGCUUCAUCGGCAGCAAGAAGCACGAAUCCAUCGCGCCUCUACCCCCACCGCCAACCCCGAACAAGAUGCAAUCAAGCUUGCUCGAAGCGCAGACGCCCAUGUCGGCGACAAAGUCGCCGUACAUGCACUCGCCCAACUCGGCAUCGCGUUCCUUCCUCCUUCCGCCGCCUACGACCGUGUGUUCCUAUGUCCCGCCUACUGGAUACGCGCACAUCGAGUUGCUCGCCGGUCGCACGAUGCGAGUGACACUUGCGACGCCGGGAUACAUCUCCUGGGCACCAGGCCAACAUUUCCUGUUGACAGUCCCCUGCAUAUCGCGCUUCCUGUCGCAUCCCUUCACAUGCGCGUCAAUCUGCGACGAACAGAUCGCAGGGCCCGAAGGCCGCACGCUCGUCUUCUACGUGCGUUCCAAAGCCGGCUGGACGCGCGACUUUUGGGACGGAGUCGUCGCUUUGCUCUCCGUCGGGCGUAAAUACCCGUCCGGCGAGCGGCAUCCGCCUCAUGUGUUACCGCCAACGGGUGUUUUGAUGCGAGCUAUUAUUGACGGACCGUUUGGAAGCGUCGGACGUACGGAGUGGGGAGAAUAUAGCACGGCUGUGCUCGUUGCGGGCGGAAGCGGCUUGUCGUUCGUGUUGCCGAUCUUUGAGUAUUUGUGUUUGUGUAUGGCGGGGAGGAAUGGGAGGUAUCUGGGUGGGAGGGCGCAUGGGUCUGGCGCGUCGGCGUUCAAGGUGGACAGAGUGCACCUGGUCUGGGUCGUACGCGAAUUCUCGCAUAUACAAUGGGGUGCUCGCGUUCUCCGACGAUGUCAGAGCCUCGUCUCCCGAGAACAUGUCCAAAUCGAUAUCUUUGUGACGAGGAUAGCCCCCGGCACACUUCCCGCUCCCCGCCCACCACCUCGACUAUCAGAGCUCGCCGAGUCUCAAACCGCCUCAUCAUCGAGCGAUACCCUCGCGCCACCACACCCUUCCUUCGCAUCCAUCGGCCCCACCGUAAAGCUCGUCCCGAACCGACCUGCAAGUCCCGCCUUCAGCGUCACUGGCGAGAUCCUCGACGACUACGUCGACCUAUCCUACUACACCUCCGAUGCCGCAGGCGGAGACCCCGAACUCGACUACACCAACUUCGACGGCGACGACGACGCCCGGUUACCGGGAGAAAGCGCCGUCGCACGUGCGAUCAAGAAGGAAGGCCGAAUGCGGCGCGCACAUAGUCGACGUGCUAGCGAGAUGCUCAGCGGUGCGGAUGAUAGGCAAAGCAAACGUAUCAGCUACCCACCAGGCCGACACAAACGCGACGCUUCUGAACCUGCCGCACCACCACCUGCACGACCCAAUAUGCUACGCGUUGACACAACACUACGCACACUCGACGAAGACGCGCCGCUGUCACCUACACAUCUCGUAUCAGCCGGCGGCGCGAAGAGUAGACCUAUCACGAUGGAAGAGUCUCCGGGUGCUGGUAGUGAUGGCGCGAGCGUGGGAGCAGGCGGCGGGUGGCGCGGGCCGAAACGCACGUCAUCGAUCUAUUCGUUCGCGUCGAGCGCUGCACCCGGGGAGACCGCCAUGAGCGCCGGCGGACACUCGCGCGCCAGCAGUAUCCGGAGCCUAAUGCCUAGCAUCGAGACGGGCGCGCGUGGGCAGCCUGUGGCGCUCGAGCUGGCCGAAUCCGAGUUGACGGAUAUUCGCGCCGUCGCUGAGUUCGCGAGAGCCGGUAGACCGAAUUUGACGAGGCUAUUGGGCGAUGAGGCAGCGAGGGCUAGAGGGCCGCUCGUUGUGGCGUGUUGUGGGCCCACUACGUUGAAUGCGGUGGUGCGGAAGACGGUGGCGGCGCAGAUCGAUCCGGAGAAGGUGAGGAGUGGGGAUCUGAGUGGGUUGAUCAGUCUCGUCGCGGAGGACUACGAGUACUAG